AUGACCCCAAACAAACAUCCAUUCUUAUCCUCGGCCGCUAUUGCCGAGGAACCGCCGACAAGGUUUAUAGCGAGCAAGACAGACCUCCCCCACAACUCCGAUCAAGAACCCCUCGAACAACAUCAAAAUGAUUUCGAGAGCCAAAAUACCGAAGGCCCAGCUUUGGAGAGAAGAGUCCGCUGGAAAGCAGACGUCCGCUUGUGUAGCAUUGCAAGCCUUCUGUGUAGCCUGAAUCUCCUGGAUUCCGGCAUCCUCUCCUCGGCAGCGGUAACCACCAUGUUAAGUGAUCUCCAACUAGACCAGGGCUCCCGGUACUCUGUGUCGAUUUUCAUCUUCACCAUCGCCAGUGUCGUAUUCCAGCUACCAUGUACAGUAGCCGUGCGCUUCGUCGGCCCUCGGCUCUGGUUUGCGACUAUCACAUUUGCGUUCGGACUAUUGACACUGUGUACCGCUUUCAUUCAUACCUGGCGCGAGAUGAUCGCCUUGCGUGUGUUGCUGGGUAUCGCAAUGUCGGGAAUCUACCCUGGACUCACAUAUCUCAUUAGCACAUGGUAUCCUCGGCGCGAGCAGCAGCUCCGAUUCGCUUUCUUGCAGUCUGGAGAGGUCCUGGGGAUGGCGACGGGGAAUAUUGUGAAUUUCGGACUUAACCACCUGGAUGGCAGGGCUGGUUUAGCAGGCUGGCGCUGGAUGUACCUGGUUCAGGGGCUGAUUGCCUGUGUGCUGGGGAUAGCUACGUAUUGGUGGAUGGUGGAUUUCCCGGAGAAUUCUGCUCGGAGCUUUUACUUUCUGUCAGAAAAGGAAGCGAGGAUUGCGUCGCAGAGAAUUCAGAAUGAUCGCGCUGAUCUGGUGCUGGAGCCGUUCUCGUGGGUCACAUUAUUUGCCAGUUUCAAGGAUCUCAAGAUCUAUGGUUUUGCUUGCAUGUUCUUUCUUCUCAACUUGGUAUCGACUUCAUUGUCGUAUUUCCUUCCGAUUAUUCUGGAAUCGGGGAUGGGAUUCAACUCCAACCAAUCGAUUCUACUCUCAACUCCUCCUUACUAUUAUGCCGUGAUCCCAGUGCUUCUCACAUCUCUAGCGGGAGAUUAUUAUCGCAAGCGUGGACCAUUCAUCGUUUUCAAUGCGCUCUGCUUGAUAGCUGGGUUUCUGAUGUUUGGACUCCCCCAGUCGAAACAAGUGGCUGUGCGCUAUAUUGGAACAUUUCUAGCCACGGGGGCUUAUGUCUCGAACUGGGCUGCCCUCAAUGCUUUCCAGGCGAACAAUGUUGCCGGUCAGUGGAAGCGCGCGGCUACUUCGGCUGCCGUGACUGCUUUCAAUGGACUGGGUGGAGUGGCAGGUAGCUAUAUUGUGCGUGCACAAGAGGCCCCAAGGUACCAGACAGCAGUGUGGGUAUCUAUUGGAUCCCAUAUCCUUAUGAUUCUACUCGUUGCUGCAUUCGCGGUCUAUUUCCAUGCCAUGAAUCGGCAACAAGCUCGAGGACUAAAAGUAAUUGAGGGUGUGCCUGGCUUUAGAUAUACUUACUAG